AUUGAUAUAAAUUGCUCGUAACAUUUUCGAGUAUGUUACAAUUUUUGAAGUAAAAUUUUUGUUUUUUAUUAUCAGUCGAUGGUAUUUCCUAUUUGGAGUAGAGUUAACAUGGAAACCAUUUUUGUUUUGUAUUUAUCGCGCCAAAAUCGGAAUUUAUGAUAAUAUAAUCCCAUUACUAAUAUUAUAUUAUUAUAUUAUAUACAUUAGUCUAGUCUUAGCUGUUGAUUAUCUCGCGUGUGUUAUGUUUGUUUGAUGUUUGUCCAUCUGGCAUCUACUCCAUGCUUCCAUUAGCCUAAUGAAAUAGAAGGUAGAUGGGACAGUGUUUACUGUUUAAUAUUGUUUAAAUGCUUAUAAAACACUAUAUAGCUUUGAUUUGUUUUCUAAUUUUUAAAUCUCGGUCUUUACUAUUCAACCUAUAUACAACAAGAAAGUUUUACGCAAUUUCUGAAAUUGUUUACUUUUCAAAUUUCCAAUUUUGAAUGCGUUCAAGUACAGAUACAUACAAAAACCGUUCAGAACCAGCUACUCACUUGGUAACGGCUACGGCAAUAUCGUAUACUGGCAGUCUUCGUUCUUUGAACAGAAAACAUGGGAUCGGACAAGAAGAUUGUUUACGAUUUCAUGGCCACGGCCAACAGACCGUUCAGUGGCAACGACGUGUUUUCAAAUUUACAGCGGCAAGGCGUCGGAAAGUCGGCUGUGGAAAAAGCGCUCGAUCAGUUGGUGAAGGAAAAUAAGAUCUUCAUGAAAUUGAAUGGCAAACAGAAGAUUUACUGUGUAGUGCAACCGGAUUCAACAGCGGAAGACCAAAACGAAAUCCAAUCGAUCGACGAGGAAUUGGUGAAAGUUACCGAGACACUGCGUGAAGUCGAGCGCAAGUACAAACAAUCCGAAAUCGAAGUAAAAACGCUCCAGAACACCUACAGUACCGAAGAAGUAAAACGCAAGGUGUCCGAAAUGGAAAAAGUCGUAUCCGAUUUAAAAUCGCAAUUGGACGUAGUGUCGAAAACAAGUGGUAACGUGGUGUCGUCAAAGGAUAGAGAAAAAGUGAAGAAGGAAUACGAAACGAUGACUAAGGAGUAUAGGAAACGCAAACGUAUGUGUACGGACAUAUUGGACUCGAUCUUGGAGAACUGUCCGAAACCGAAAAAAGCACUCUUCGAAGAAAUCGGAAUCGAAACCGACGAGAGCGUCGGCAUGCCAGCAUUGUGAGCGCGACCGUCGGCUUAAAAAUAUUAUUAUCAUUAUUCUUAUUUAUAUGUUUGUAAUUGUAAUAUACUUAAACUUU